CUACGUGAUGCAAGAUUUGCGUUACGUCACGCAAAAAGUUGACGGAAGGCCAUGAUUUGGAAAGAUCAAUUAUAUACAGCAAAAGCGCAUGCCAAUAUGGUUCCGAUACGUCAUUGCCUGCUAUGAAAUAAUCUCAGAGACUUUGAAUCAUUGAAAUAUAUUUAUUUAGAGCAAACAGAAAAAAGAUUUCAGCCUCGCAGCCAAGGUUAUCAGGCCAUUACGAAACCAUGGCACGUGGAUUCUAUAAUGUCUCGCUAAGCAGUGCCAUGCCAUUUCAAAUUGUUCUCGGAAUACGCAAUGGAAACUGCACCGAUCCAAAUCUCAGAAGGCAGCUGGAUGAUUACUGCUACAGUUGUACUAACGGCAAUCCGAUUCAGUUUGCAACUUGCAUCCAAACUAACUUUCCCAAUGGUGGCUACUCUUACAAAUAUAACUGCUACUAUGUUCACGAAUGCCCAAAAGCUGACCAAAGCUGUCAGAACUAUUGUAGAUUUUAUGGCUAUCCAUAUUCCUGCACUAUUCCAAGCAAAAGAGUCUAUUGUGCCUGCGGCAAAAUAUCGUAUGACAACAAAUUGUACUACUAUUAUUUAUAUUAAGUAGGCAUAACGAGCAGGAUGGAAUAAAGAAGACACUGGAAAUGGCCAAUCUACAACAGGAAGAUUUUAUUUUUUCUCAUUUGGCGUAUUAGCACAUUCUGCUGAAAUUCAAAACCUUCUGAAUUUUGUACCAAAUUUCAUUCAAUUUAUGUAAUAUAUGGAUAUUCUUUAUGAAAUUAAAAGUAUUGUUCCCGUAUUAGAAAUCUGGCAUUUUUAUGACUGACUCUUUUGUUUAGAAUAAAAAAAAAUGAUGAGAAGAAACACUGGGCAUGUUUCUGUAUUUCAUAAAAAAUUUCCAUUAAAUUAUGAUGUCACCAUUGUUAUUUUUCUACUUUAAUACACAUUUUUUCUUAAAAUAAUUAAAUAAAAAUGGAAUUAAGUUAGUG